GCGUCACAGUGACAGAACCUCAGCCUUAGCCUGACGCUUCAUGAGGGUUUGACUUCCUGUAUUUGCUUUUAUUUUUUUUUGCAUCGAGUAGGUUUUGUGACAUUGCGUUGUACAUGUGAGAGACAUUUCAAACGAACUCCUAAACGACACCCAGCCAGCGACAGAAGUGGACGAUGGCGGCGAUGGUGGCUUACAAACUUGGUUGUUUAUCAGUUCUUGUUUUGCUGCUGACUUUAAGCAGUACGGUCACCUCAAGAUCUCUUAGGAUGGAAAGAGAAAUCAAUCCCAACAUAACCUCGAAAAACAACACAGAAAUGCAGAGCCCAUCAACCGUAGCCGAAGCUGAGAAAAACAUGACCAUCACAAUCAAAACUCCAGUGCAGACCGUUAAUGUAACGCCCAAAUCAAACGUCUCAACGGUUACAGAUUACCACCACACCCAGCAAAAUACCUCUGCAGGAACCGGGAACCUGACUGUCCACCCACCGGCAGAGAAGGAGAUUAGUUUGCACACCCAACCUCCCACAACAAAUAACAGCACUGGGCACAUUGCGCAAGCAGGAAGCUCUGCACCCACAUUUUCUCCGACAUCGGUGCCUAUUAAGGUAACAGAAAAGCCUACAACCACUGAUAAGUCUUCAUCCCAUGUCUCUACGACCACUAGAAAGUCAAGCACUGUGACAACCCACUCAUGUCCCACUGCUAUUUCUAAACAAAACGGCCUUGUAAGCCGCUGUCUCAUCGCCAUUGCCUCAAUGGCCGCUCUAACCACCAUCUUCAUCAUCAGCACCAUCUGCUUGGCUACAAAGCUCUCGGCGUACAGAUACAGGCACAAGGCGCAUCUUCUCCAGGAGACCGAGAUGGUGUGUAUUUCUGCUCUAAUGAAUGACACCGAUCACCCAGUUCCAAAACCAAGACGACAUCCUAAAAGUAAUGGAGCCUUGAUCCCAAAUGCUGAGGAUGGAGAUCCUGAUGGAGAUGACCUGACUUUGAACAGCUUUCUUCCUGAUACCGAAGGCCCUCUUUAGAGGAGCUUUAUUUUCCUUAAAGGACCAAGAAUUUACUGAUGGGUGACAGAAAUGUUUACUGUCUAACACUGUGGUUUUGUUGAGUUGGUGAUGGUGCACACUUAACAAAGAUGAAUGAUGAAAGGCCUGGCUUUGAACUGCCAUUUUAAAGUUGGGUGAUCAGUGUUAAGCUUGGCAGAGACAUGAGAUGACCUGUUUUGAUAUGUUAAAAUAUUCAGUGUAACAUGUAUUUAUCCAAGCACGGUCUUAUUAUAAUGUAUGUUGUGAGAGAGAUUAUAAGUUUUGUUAUUUUAAAUGAUUAGGAACUUGUCAUAUGGGUAAAACCUUUUAGUUUGAAGCAUAAUGAGCAUUUAAAUCAAAGUAUAAUGAUUUAAAAUGGCAAUUGGUAUUUUUGGGCUUCGCUAUAAUCCUUAAACCGGCUUUUAAUCACAUGCUUAACCUAUUUUCAUCCUUGAUCUUUUUUUAUUUUUGUCUAUUUAAAGGGAUAGUUCACCCCAAAAUAAACACUUUCUUACUAUUAACAUGCA